UAUAGCCUUAAAUUCCUUAUUAGCUAGCAGUUGAGUUCUGCAUCUCAUUGACUUGUUUACACAAUGUUUUUUUUUCCAAACUGAGAAAGAAUAAGAAUACUGAUAAGAGUUCUGAUGAGAAUUAUCUAAGGUAAAAGGUCUCUUAAACCCUGGCUGUAUAGUUUGUUUCUGAUUGCCACUCCACUUUAUUUUAUGUAUUAUUAUUGGAUUGAUGAUUGGGUUGUGUUGUAGUGUUUUUAUACUCAAGUAAUUGAAUUUAUGCUCAUUUACCACACCUCUACUUGUAUUUUCAUUAGUUGUGAUGUUUAGGUUGUAAAAUAAGUAAUAAUCAAUAAUUUUAUAAGAAUGGUUGUUAUGCAAUAAGUGUCAGGGACAGAAGAUGACGGAGGCAGAUAUAAUGUAAAAUCACAGAGUUUAUUGAGAAGUAGAUGUAAUGGAAUGAAUAGCAGAAGAUAAGUCCAGGUGAAGUUCCAACACACACACACACACACACACACACACACACACACAGCAGGUCACAGGUUGCAAUCCAACAAUACCUAGAUCCUAUGGUGGACGACGAACUUGGGAAACUACUGGUAGAGAAAGAUAGAGUCAGGUUUGUUUACUUCAAUUACACUUUCUCCUGGCUCAGUAAAGGUUUACAUGAUAUGCUGGAGUUCACCCCAAGUGUGGAAAACAAACCAGAAGUUAAUACUGAUUUACGCUUUCCUGAGGGAAUUAAAUACAACCAGCCAGAUGUGAGUAAUAGCCGGUCAGACGUUACCACACUGACCCCAUGGUUAGCUCCAAUCGUAUGGGAAGGAACGUUUGAUCUAUCUGUGAUUGACAGCAUUUACUUACAAAAGAAUAUCACCGUGGCAACUACAGUCUUCGCACUGGGAAAGUAUGUCCGUUUCCUGAAGGAAUUCCUGGAGUCAGCGGAGCAGCACUUCAUGGUUGGUUACCGUGUUCAUUAUUACCUGUUUACAGAUCGCCCGGAUGAGGUUCCUAUGGUAACAUUGCGGCCGGGUCGUCAGUUGACCAAGAUAAAAACACCAAGCUCAAGCCGGUGGCAGGAAAUUACACUGCGCAGGAUGGAGAUGAUUGAAAAGCUCAUUGAGGAACGUCUGGUCAUUGAGGCUGACUACAUCUUCAGCCUGGAUGUUGAUACUAAAUUCUAUUGCCACUGGGGGGCAGAGACUCUUUCUGAUAUAGUUGCUGUUCUGCACCCUGGGUAUUUCGGAACCCCACGGACAGCAUUCCCAUAUGAGAGACGUCCCAAAUCUGUGGCCUUCAUCCCACCAGAAGAGGGAGACUACUACUACGGAGGAGCCGUGAUCGGAGGACGCAUUGGCAAUGUACACAAGCUGACAAAGGCAUGCCGCGUACAGCUGGACGUUGACCGAGCCAAUAAGAUUGAAGCAGUAUGGCAGGAGGAGUCUCACCUGAACAAGUACUUCCUGUACAACAAACCCAGCAAAGUGCUCUCACCUGAGUACCUGUGGCAGGACUUCAAACAGAAAACCAGCAACAUGAAAGUGAUACGCUUCUCACAGGUGAUCAAGAACUACGCUGAGGUUCGACCCAAUCCAUAAUGUGCACCAGCUCAGGAAGAAUUAAAUAAUUAAUUAGGUUGUCACGCAACGAAACAAACAUCCUCAAAUCUCCUCUUACGGCUUUCCUGUUGACAUAAAGGAAUUAAACGGAUAAACAGUUACACAUUAAAAUAAACUCUGCUUUGCUAACAUGCAUAUUUAUGUAUCCUGUUUUACUAAGUGUAAUUUAACCAAAGAAGACAACUCUUUCUGAAGACAGUAAUAAAGAACAUCAUGAAAAGAGAAAACUAUUAACUUCACACCUCAACAUACUGUUUAUUAAAGAAUCAGGCAAAAAAUAAAAUCUGAAAUGUUUUGUAAAUGUUUGAUGUGUCUCUCUAAUUCAGACUUCAGGCUUUUAUUAAAACUUUUUUUAGGAAUGACUUAAAAUCCAUCGUUUUAAUCUGUUAAUAAAGAAACUGAGCAAUAAUUCAGAUGUAAUUCAUUUCUUCAAGUAUGUUCUCUCUCACACACACACACACACACACACUGUGGUGGUGUAGGAUUUGUAGGAUUAGUUUAUUAUUUUUCUAUAAUUAUUCUGUGAAAGAUAGAUAUUUAAACAUUUAAGAUGGACUCAAUAUGAUUUUUAACUUGAUGUGAUCAACUCUCCAUGUAAACGCCUGUCCUCAUAUUUUUCUCAUGAAGAAUUUGUCCUUGUUCAUGUUUUUCUGUUUUAGCCUUGGAUAUUAU